AUGAAUGUGAGUCUUAAAGAGGUGGCUAAUCUCCCCGGAGACCAUUGUUUAGAAGGCUUACGUCAGUAUGUGAUGUGCAACGCGGAUUUGUCUAUCAAUACAUUUGACUGGAUUCCAAAUUAUCCAAAGCCGUGGCCGAAUUUUGAGGUUGUGCAUAAAUGCGCAAAUUGGGAGUCAAUUGAGGGAUGGGUUUUAUCUCACAGUUUUAAUGGAUAUGAUCCUGACUUAAUCCGCCAUCCUAAUUAUCACCCUGAGCUACGUAAGAAAUGCCCUGUGACAACUUGA